UCAGUUGUUUCACAAGCUAAGUGUCUUAUCAAAGGAUCUGUUUGCUCAUGAAGAACCCUGACAUGGUAGAAGAGACGAUGGGGAAGUGUUGGAGCGCCACCAAGGAUCAGUUUGACAACUUGGAGAAGCAUACACAGUGGGGGAUCGAAUUUGUCGAGAAGUACACCAAAUUUGUCAAGGAGAGAUCGGAGAUCGAAACCAACUAUGCAAAACAAAUUAGGAAUUUAUCAAAGAAGUAUCAACCCAAGAAGAACUCAAGAGAAGAUGAGGAGAGCAAGUAUUCCUUCUGUCGAGCCUUCCUGACAACACUUAAUGAGUUAAAUGACUACGCGGGUCAGCAUGAGGUCAUCGCCGAGAACCUUACGUCGCAAAUCAUCGCUGAGCUUUCGCGCUACCUGCAGGAUAUCAAAACAGAGAGGAAAAUGCACUUCCAUGACGGGCGUAAGGCACAGCAGCACAUCGAGAGUUCGUGGAAACAGCUGGAAUCGUGUAAACGGCGGUUCGAGAGAGACUGCAAGGAGGCCGACAGAGCACAGCAAUACUUUGAGAAGAUGGACGCUGACAUUAACGUGACCAAGGCUGAUGUGGAGAAGGCACGACAGCAAGCUCAGAUGAGACACCAGAUGGCCUCUGACAGUAAGGGCGAUUACUCCUCCUACCUUCAGAAGUUCAACCAGGAGCAGAAUGACCAUUACUACACAAUUAUCCCCAACAUAUUCCAGAAACUUCAAGACAUGGAGGAGAAAAGAAUUGAGAGGAUAGGAGUGUGCAUGAAGACGUUCGCAGACGUGGACCGCCAAGUGCUGCCCAUCGUGGGGAAAUGUUUAGACGGCAUGACGAAGGCCGCCGAAUCCAUUGAGCCCAAGGAUGACUCAAAGCAGGUGGUGGAGUCCUACAAGUCUGGGUUCGAGCCCCCGGGCGAGGUGGAGUUCGAGGACUACGGCCAGGCCAUGAAGAGGACGGCGUCGGACACCAGCCUGACCAACUCCAGAGAGGGAAAAGAGAAGCCCGUUAGCAAGAGCAAGGGCAAACUGUGGCCUUUUAUUAAGAACAAGAACAAGCUUAUGUCCCUGUUAACGUCCCCCCACCAGCCCCCACCUGCCCCCCCAGCCUCAUCCCCGCCCUCACCCUCUGCUGUUCCCAACGACCCCCAGUCUCCCAAUCAGCACAAGGAGCCCCUCUCCCACCGCCUCAACGACUUCAUGGCCUCCAAACCCAAAAUGCACUGCCUCCGGAGCCUGAGGCGAGGGCUUUCUCUCAAGCUGAUCACACUCAAUUCCCACGUCCGGAAUCUCCUCGAGGGCUCUGGACCAGAAGAUUUCAGCCACCUGCCGCCAGAGCAGAGGAGGAAGAAGCUCCAGGGCAAGAUCGACGACUUAAACAAAGACAUUCAGAAAGACAUGGACCAGAGGGACGCUCUAACGAAGAUGAAAGACGUGUAUGUGAAGAACCCUCAGAUGGGAGACCCCGCCAGCGUUGACCCCCGGUUAUUAGAGAUAGGCCAGAACAUCGAGAAGCUCCAGUUAGAAGUGCAGAAAUUUGAGGGUUGGUUAGCAGAAGUGGAGGAGAGAAUGCCGUCCAAGAGUGACACGCAGCGGCGGAGCGGGAUCUUCGAGACCCAGAACAACACGACAGUGAGCAACAACUGUGCGCAGGACAGAGAGAGGCCCUUGAGCAGCCCGGACGGCAGCUACACAGAGGAGCAGAAUUCAGAGACUCAGGUCAUCAAAGUCAACACCCAUCCUGUCCCCACGUCCUCCACGCCCGAGUUUGACGACGAGUUUGACGACGAGGAGACGUUGCCCACCAUCGGCACCUGCAAGGCUUUGUAUCCCUUUGAAGGUCAUAACGAGGGCACAAUCUCGGUGGCCGAGGGCGAGCUGUUGUACGUCAUAGAGGAAGACAAAGGGGACGGCUGGACACGAGUGCGCCGGAACGGGGAGGAGGAAGGCUACGUCCCCACGUCCUAUGUCGAGGUGUUUUUGGAAACAAAUGCCAAAGAUUCCUAAAAGUGUGAGGCUGCUGGCUGAGGAAUGGCAGGGCAAGCAGCACCGGAGAGAAACCACCACGUUCCUCACACGCUCAGAGAGUCAGAGAGAGAGAGAGAGAGAGAGAGAAAGUGAACGAUGUCUAAAAGGGCCGCUAGUAGCGCAUCUCAAUUUUUUAAAAACCCGUUACAAUACAACAAGAAAAAACAAAAAACAACGACGUAUCAGCUGUGUUGUUCUUCUUUAACCUUUUCCCCAUUCUUAACACCCAUGCAGCAGCCCUCAGUGCGGGUGUUCCCUUCUUUGUGUUGAGUAAAGCUUCGCUUCCUACUGUAACUAACUGCGCUUGCACCACGUGCAGUCGUGUUGGCUUCCUCGCCACUUCUCCUUUUCCCUUUACCCCUGCUACACACACACACACACACACACUGAAGAGGGUGUGGUCAGAGAGAGAGGACGGAGACCAGCAAAGAAGAAGAAAUCAUGGCCUCCGUCAUCCACAGUUUGUGUGUCAUGAAAUCCUCACUCGCUCAUUGACUUUUCUGAUUCCGUGUUCAUCUAUGAAGUGGUGAAAACCUCACGUUCUACUGAAGGCGGCUCCAUAUUUGUAGGUUUUUAGAAAGCGAAGGUGUGACAGUCAUACCACUGCAACGAGCUUUAAAAAGCACCCGGAGACGUAGCUCGCCGGCGUAAAACAGGGGACGUUGAUUCCCUCGUGUGCGUUUGUUGAGAAAUUUCUAAACGAGAAAAGUGAAAGUAAGAAACGUGAACAUAUUUGGUGUGAACACAGCUUUUCAUUCACACUUCACGGUUUUCUUAAACGCUGGGCUGGAUCGUGUGUGGACGUGACCGGGCGUCAAACUAAAUAACCACUGUCACUUAAAAACACAUGAGCGUGGAUGUUUGUUUGUUGUUUGUUUUUAUAUCCUUAUUUUAAAACGUUUCCGUGUGUUUGUGUGUGUGUGUGUCGUCAAGAAACACUCACUAAUCACUCUCACAUCCUCCUGUCACUGGUGCCUGUUCUUCUCUCUGACCACAUCACUUCUAUGACCCCGCCUCCAUCCUCAAGCAAGGCUAUCCCUUGGCUGCUUUGAGGUCCCCUCCCUCCCCUUCUCUCUCACCCACCCCUCUUGUCCCCCACCCUUUUUUUUUUUUGCAACAGCUCAGGGGCGGGGCCUCUCUGCUCUGCUGUGCGGUGUGCUGCAUGCUUGCCCUGUCUUCCUCCUCGCUCCCUCUGCUGGCAGCCCGGAUGAGGUGGUGGGGGGCUUGUUUUCGAGCAGCUUACUCUCCUCCUCCCCCCCCUUGCUCUCUGCCUCCAGCCUCUCUCUUCAGUUAACCCUCAUUGCCUGGAUUUACUGUUCAAAUUAACCUGAAUGCUACUGUUUAGGUUCAGUGCCUGUGUUCUUUUUUUUUAAUAUCUCUUUUCUGUUGUUGGUUCAGAAAAGCAUGUUUUUCCCUUGUUUUCAGCAGCGAGUGAGAAACGGAGCGUUUGUUUCGCUGUACACUCACAGUUACAGUGUGUGUGUGUGUGUGUGAGAAAGGUGUUGUACGUUUUGAUCAGAGUGUUUGACGCACGUUGUUGUUUAGUUUACAGUGAAUCAGCGAGCAGCAGCAGCAGCAGCCCUCCCAAAAAACAAAGUUAUCCCGUUCCAACCUGAUGUUUUUAUUUACACUGAAACAUACUGUGAUUCAUCAUUUUCCUGUGAAUUUGGGACAGAAUCACCAGGUUUGUGUUCAAUCAUUGGGAGAAAAAAAAAGGAAUAAGAUGUGAUGAUCUCAAAAGGUUUUUGGUUUUAGUCAUCAUGCUCCUCCCCUCCCUCCUGCUUAAUGGCACAUAAUGUGAUUUGUUUUUAUAUUUGAUUUUUAAUUGAAUUUCUGCUUCUAUGUUAAGCUGGAAAUUAGCUUCUCUUUUUUUUAAUCUCAGCCUGAGCGGGACUAAAAUCUCUUCAGUGCAAACAGUAUAACAGGGGUUGUGUUUUGGAUGAAGCCAUUGCUGAACAGAUCGUCUGAAGCAGAGUGUCAAACACUUGUGGACGAGUGAUGGACGUCACGACUGAUUGGACUCUUGAUAAUGGAAGAAUUGAUCAAAUCCCUGCUGAAUCAACAGUGUUUUGUUUUUUCUCUGCCCAUCUCAAAAUGUCGACAUUUUCUGACAAAGCCAUUUGUUUUUGUUCGUGUUAACGUUUUCUGAGUGAUACAUGACAGCGUGUAGACCUCCACUCGUUUCUGCCUGUGCUCUGCAAUGAAACCAACACACAACGUGAAUAACCCGCCUGUACAGUGGAAAAAUGGCACAGUGGAAUUAGAGAGAGAGAGAGAAUAUAUAUGAAUAUAUAAAGUUUAAAAAGGAAAAACAUCUAUUUUAACUAUUCAGAGUCUUACCCUGACUUUAUCUGCUUUGCAAAAGUAAGACUUCUUUCCUUUGUGAGGUUUUACCAAAUGGUGUGUUUUUUGCACUUUUUUCUUUUCGUUUCUUUUUUUUUGUUGGUUUUUGGUCCAUUUGGUAGCCCAUGCUUGUUGUUUUGGAGCACUGAAUACUUUGUAUUGUGUUUACUGUGCCAAUUAAAUAUGCCUGGAAAGUAA